UGUUCCGCGGACGUGCGCGCAUCGUUCAGGUUCAGUCGCAUCGCAGUCGCCGUCGCAGGCGUUGAAUUUCGGAAUUUCCCAAUUUCCAUUGGAAAGCGAAUUGAUUUUGAAAUCCCCCCUCGAUUUCGAACUGUGCAAUUAUUAUUUUUUUUAUUUUUAAUCCUUUUUUUUUUUACUGUGAAAAUGCCAAAUCUGCCAUGAGUUGUGGAAAAUCGUAAAGAUCGCGUUUUCCCACUUUUUUUGGAUGGGAAGUGGCAGAAAAGAAAACUCAAAAUGAAACUGUGGAAAUCAAAGAAGCCCAUUGUGGGCUGUGUGCCUGGAAAAUCGGCGGCCCUCAAACAGGACCAACAGCAGCAACAACAACAACAGCAGCAACAGGAGUCGCACAACAGCUCCUUCAAUGGACAUCAUCAUCCGCCGACGGACACCGCCUUGGCGCCCAUGUUAUCCGUGGACCGGGCGAUGAGUCCGGCGCAAUCGGAGGACUCCGGAUUGGCACCGGAAAGGGGAACCACCUACGCCACCAUCACUCUGCCACGGAAUGCCCUGCAUUUGGCCAUCACAUUCGCAGAACGCAACGAUCUUUCUUAUCCGCCGGUGGUUGGAUCUCUGAGUCCCGUGGGCCAUGCGGCGGAUUUCUUGGCGCCCGGCGAUCGCCUUCAUCAGAUCGAUGGAAUCUCGACGAUUGGCUUGAGCAACCAGAAGGUGAUGAACAUGCUCUGCGCUGGAGGAUCGGAUGCGGGUCCUGCCAUCGUGGAGAUCGAGUACUCGCUGCCCGAAUACACAGUUUCCCAGAACAGCCUCUGUGUGACCUCGAAGCUGGCGCAGAUCACCGUGGAGCGGGAAAGUGGAUGCCUGGGCCUGACGCUGAGGGGCGGGGCCGACUAUCCGCUGAUCGUCACCCAUGUGAGGCCCCAUGGACCCGUCUAUAAGACCGGUCGCAUCAAGCCCGGCGAUCGCUUGUUGCGCGUCGAUAAUGUCUCACUUAUUGGCAAAACGCUGGCAGAGGCGCAACAGAUCAUCAAGUGCGGCGGUCAUGUUUCCGGGUAUACCAACCUGACCAUCGAGUACGAUGUUUCCGUGGUGCAGAGCGUUGAGUUCUCGAUGGGACCGCUGAUCAUCGAGAUCGAGCGGCCGAUGAACGAUAAGUUGGGCCUGGUACUUUGCAACUAUACGCCGGCGAUGGCCGCUUCCGGUUCCGGUUCGAGUACGCCAUCCAGUGGGGAGAAGAUCGAGGAAUCGACGGGCGUCUUUAUAGCCAGCAUCCUGCCCGCUAGCAUUGCAGAUCGUUGCGGCGCCUUAUCCGUCGGCGAUCAGGUGCUCUCCAUCGACGACACAAUGAUCGAGCACACCGCCUUCAGUCCCGACGAGGUGAUGACCAUAUUGGACACCAGCACGGGUCGCGGCUACACGCAGAUGCAGAUCAUGCCCGCUCACGCGUUGGCCCGUCGCGGACACACGGCAUUGGGCAGUCCCAAGUACAGCUUUAGCACCCUGGAGUCCCGCAAAUCCUCGACGGCGGGUCGCCAGCGUCAGCGUUUCGCCCGCAAGAGUUCCCUGCCGCUGGAGAAUGCAGGGGUCAACACUCCGGGAUCCUCGGUGGGCAUGGUGGGUCUGGGCCUCUGCCGCGCCGAGAGCUUUCCCGUUCUCCUCGACUGCAGCCACGGAGCGGGCAUUAUCCUGGGGGAAUCUCCAGCAGGAGGAGGAGCAGGAGGAGGAUCUGCCGGCGGAGGAGCUGUGGCCAUUGCCCAGAUCCUCAACGAUUCGGUGGCCGAUCGCAGUGGCUGCAUUCAGGCGGGCGAUCGCAUUGUGGCCAUCAACAAGAUGUACAGCCUGGAUGCGGGGGCCAUGAGGCAGCUGCUCGAGGGAGGAUCGGGUCGCGGAGGAGCAGGAAACAACUCGGGAACGCCGCCGGCCAAUUGGCUGGAGCUGGAGAUCGAGUUCGAUAUGCCGGAUGCCGUGGUGCCUGCCAGUGGUGUCUUUAGUGUCAAGCUGCUGAGGGCCGGCAAAUGUGGAUUGGGACUGAGUGUGAGUGGCUCCAGCCAUGGCGGCCUGGUCAUUUCGGACGUCAAGAUGGGCAGUCCGGCGCAUCGCAGCGGCUCUUUGAGAUCGGGCGACAUCCUGCUGGCCGUCGACCAGCAUCCAGUGCAGCAUUUCAAUGUGGACGCACUGCUCAAGGAGCAGCAGAAUCCCUCAUCCUCCGCGUCCUCCGCCUCCUCGGAUUUCACCACGCUCACCAUCAAGCGGAUCGUCCUGCCCGACUUCCUGCCCAUGUCCAGUCCCAUCUACAGCAAUUGCCCACCGAUGGCCAUGGGAAUGGGCGGCAUGGGUGUCUCGUCCAGCAGCACGGAUCACGAUCUGUAUAGCAGCGCCUAUGUGACGGCGGGCAAGUACGCCGACUGCGUCUCCCUGAAGUCGCGGACUCCGCAGCCGGACUACUUCCGGGUGCCCAGCAUGGACGACGCCAGUCUGCAGUCGGUGCAGCUGCGUUCCGGAUCGGGGUGCUCGGGGAAUGGCGGCAGUCGAGGGGUCAACGAGGCAGGCAACGGCUGGUCCACCGCCGGCGUCAACAGCCGAUCCUUUGGGGCAGCCAGCAACCAACUGCCCAACACCCAGAGCCUGACCACCGAGCUGCCCGAGGAGGAGGACGAACAGGAGCAGCUGUAUCCCGGCUACGAGCUCAAUCGCUAUGCCAGUGUGGACUGCACCGCCCUGCCGCCGCCCAUGGAGAACAAGGUCUACGGAUCGGCGGCCAGUUCGAGCAGCAAGAGCAGCGGGAGCAGCCUGCACCAGAUCAUCUUCACGGUGCGUCUGGAGCCCAAGGGGGGACUGCUGGGCAUCACUCUGGCUGGCAGCGAGGAUAUCACCAAGCCCAUCACGAUCAGUGGUCUCGUGGAGGGUGGCAUUGCGCACAAGAAUGGCCAGAUCCAUGUGAGUGACCAGCUGCUGGCCAUCGACGAGCACUCGGUGCAGGGCAUGCCCCUUUCGCAUGCCACCAGUCUGCUGCAGAAUCUCGGCGAUCUGGUGGACCUGAAGAUCCUGCGGAGUCACGAUCUGGCCAACGGCAGUCAUCUGCCGCAGACGCAGGCCAUUUACGCGAAGGUCCAGCGGCGUCCGCGGAGUCCUUCGGCGAAUACGGAGGCCAGCAAGGAGUCGGGGAAUGGAAAUAGCAACGGAUGUGGAGCUGGCAGUAAUGGCAAUGGCGGAAAUGGAAAGCCCCGCGUCUUCCAUGUCACCCUGUACAAGGACAAGGUGUACGACGACUAUGGCUUCUCGGUUUCCGAUGGACUCUACGAGCGGGGCGUCUUCAUCAACAGGAUUCGCAGUGGCGGGCCGGCGGAUAUGUGCGGUCUCCUGAAGCCCUUCGAUCGCAUUAUGCAGGUUAACGAAAUGAAGACGCAGGACUUUGAUUGCUGCCUUACUGUUCCGCUGAUCGCCGCCGCCGGCGAUAAAAUCGAGAUGAUCAUGCAGCGCACAGAGUGAUCCUCAGUGUGCGCGAUCCUUAUGUUAAACUAGUUGUACGCUAAGCUAAUCCUAAGUGCCAUUGCUAGCCCAUAAUAUUAUAUACGAUAUCCCCUCCGUAUUCUGUAU